AAGCCCCCGUAAUCUUAAUUGCACAUGACAGGUACAAUAUCAGUAUUAUGCACCACUUCUUAAUAGUCUCUGUAGUCUUGGUAGGAAUAUGAUGAUGCCGAAAAGGGUUCGUAGCUAACCGUUAUCGGGCCGCAUAAGGGGAGUGUAGAACAUGAACUCGAACUGGAAGGAAGAGCAGCAACACAUAGACAGCAGCAGCAGUAGUGAUGAUGAAGAUGGUGAUGAACGUUGGAAAGCCGCCAUCGAAGCAGCUGCAACAUCCUAUUUGGGAAUUACCCUGCCAAACCAAACCACCACUCCUGCGUCUGAUGACGACGAUGAUGACUCCAAGAAGCGUCAACAGCCCAUGAAGCACUAUCAAAUCAAGGCACAAAAGACCUUAGAUGAAAUAAUGGAAAAAUCGUUAGUUAUAAUGAGAAGUUCAGAUCUCACUGACACCGUUAAUGAUCAUCCCGACACAAGUGAAGGUGGGGUUCGAUUGUUCAAGAAAGCUCCUGUUGGCAUAGUGUUUGAUUAUAAAGAUGAAUUGAAGGGACCAAAAAAGAGACCAAAAAUUCUUCCUGGUGAAGAAAUCAAUGAAAAAUCGAAGAAGUUCAAAAGAAGAUUGGAGUCUGUUGUGGUUGAGGGUACGGAUAUCAUUGCAACUGCAAAAGAUGCAUGUGAAAAAUCUUUAUCAAAAUUGGCCGCAAAAGAAGCAGCUGCAAGAGAAGCUGCUAAGAGAGAGGAAGAAAGGGUUGCUCAGCUUAAGAAAAUCCGUGGUGAGAGAUGGCUGCCAUCGAUUGCAAGAGAAAUGCAGGUGAAAUCUCAAAUCCGUUAGUUCAGGGUCGAAUUCGAGAUACCUUAUAACAUAUUGCUCCAUCCGUAAUUGUCGAGAGGAUGAUGCAUCACCAAUUUCAUAUGGGACUUGUUAAUUAAUUUACCAUUUUUUAGGCUAGGAACUUGUAUUGGGGACACAAUUUGUUGGUAUGAAUUUACAAUAUGAUAUGACUUGAGAUGGCCAUGAAAUUAGGGUAAGAAAACUUAGAUUAAUAGAAGGAUGAGAAAUGUAUUGCAAGCUUCAUUUUCAAUUAAAAAAAUGAAAAUAUAAUAGAAUUUUUAUCUUUCAAAAAAUCAAUCAUACAGACUACAAAGCAUGUGGCAUUCCAACAAUAUAAAGUCAACUUCCCAGAUUUAUAACGUAAUUAAACAAGUGGACCCAUCAAAUAAUCUGUCAAGAUAGACUCACUUUCUUUCAGAAUCCAGAACUUUACAAUAUGAUAAAUACUACAAUUAAUUAGUACAGCUCAGUAGCUCACUAAGUGCUUCAAAUUUCCUCUCCAAACAAUACACUUAGUGGAGUGAUUGUGUACAUACUUUUCUUUUAAAAAAAGAUAAUAAUUUCUCAUCUUCAACACAAUAAAAUUUUAUUAUAAACCACUUUGCUGAAGAAACAAGCAACCGCCAGCUCUCAGUUCAGAUCAUCAUCUUAAAAAACACUGUCUUGGAGCGAAAUGGCGAUCUUGCUAUCGAGUGUCGUUGGAGGUAUGGGUUACUGCAUGAAUACGCUUUGGGGGCUGCAGGAACGGAGGUUCUGGACGGUAUUUGAAGCUGUAAGCUCUGCUGCAAGAUACAUGACCUUAGGCCUCAUUAUAUGUUUCUAUUCUUUUCAGUCAAGAAGCUCUGAAUUUAGAUAUGGCUUUAUAUGACACUGAUGUUCAUUCUAUCUGAAUGGAAUCAAAUGUAACCAUUUUUUACAAACUCUACAAUGAGUAAUAUUAUCUUAUUCAUUAGAGUGCCACUAACUGCCUGAUGCAUGGAUACUAUGUUAGGGUGAAUUUCAAUCAUAUGUGUCCUGUCCGAUCCAGUUUGCAACAAGUAUUAUUUCUUACUUUUUUACAUUUGUUGUUUGGGUUUAUGGAGCAAUGCCGUUACUAAUAAUUUUUAGUCUCUAGGAAAAAAAUAAAAAAGGUCCUUAUAUAAUUAAAGUUUCUGUUAUUUUUUCUCCAACUAUGUAGUUCAGUAGUCAUGCGUUUAACUGAAAAAAUCUAAUGCUGCAAGUUGGAUGCUUGCUAAAAGGUACUUAUGCAACUACUGAUUUUUAAUUAUAAGGACUAAAUCAAUUUGAGCCUCUUUCAUGAGCUGGGCCCUAGACGGCUAAACGGUUGCAUUUUAAAACUACCAUCAGAAACGACCCUAUUAUGGAGAAUAUAAAAAUUAUAUUUGUGGAUGUAAUGAAAAGAGAGAUUGAAUGUGUAAAGGAGAAUUAGUGUCUAGUGAGUGUCGGGAAAGUAUAAUAUUUUUAGGUAUCAUAUCUUUGUAUUUUUAGGAUAUUAUAUCAUUGUAAUUAUUUUGUUUUAUUUGUUUCCUAGUUUAGCUGCUCAAAUAUGUAUAUAUGA